AAAGAACUCAAAGUUUCAGAUAGCAAUGAUGGGGCUCCCGGAGGUCAGUCAUCGCCACCAGAAGAUGGAGAUGAUGCGGAACAUGGAGCAGCAGCUUCAGUGUCUGCGAAGAAGAAAAAGAAGAAAAGCAAAGCCAAGUAGGUUCCAUUUUCGACUCAGACAUUUGAUUGUCAUGUUUGGCUUGCUAUGUUUUAAAAGCAUACGACGUGUUUUCUGUAGUAGAAAGAAGGACCCUCUUCAGCAGACAGAUCCUCCAUCAAUCCCUAUUGAUGAGCUUUUCCCUUCAGGAGAUUUUCCUGUGGGUGAAAUCCAGGAAUACAAGGAUGCUAAUUUAUGGAGAACAACUAGUGAAGAAAAGAGGGAACAGGAACGACUACAAAAGCCUAUAUACAAUUCUGUUCGCCGAGCAGCAGAAGUUCAUAGACAGGUGCGUAAAUAUAUGAGGAGUGUUGUGAAGCCUGGGAUGUUAAUGAUUGAACUAUGCGAGACUUUGGAAAACAUGGUUCAGAAACUUAUAAAGGAGAAUGGACUGCAAGCUGGUAUUGCUUUUCCAACAGGAUGCUCCUUGAAUUGGGUUGCAGCUCACUGGACUCCGAAUUCUGGUGAUAGAACUGUACUACAGUAUGAUGAUGUGAUGAAGCUGGAUUUUGGGACACAUAUAGAUGGGCACAUAGUUGAUUCUGCAUUUACGGUUGCGUUCAAUCCCAUGUUUGAUCCAUUGCUUCAAGCAACGAGAGACGCCACAAACACUGGAAUCAAGGAAGCUGGAAUAGAUGUACGGCUUUGUGACGUCGGUGCUGCAAUCCAAGAAGUCAUGGAGUCAUAUGAGGUUGAAAUUGAUGGAAAAGUUUUCCAAGUAAAAAGUGUGAGAAACCUCAAUGGACACAGCAUUGAACCGUACCAUAUCCAUGCUGGGAAAUCAGUUCCAAUUGUAAAAGGUGGGGAGCAAACAAAAAUGGAAGAGGGUGAAUUUUAUGCAAUUGAAACUUUUGGGUCCACAGGAAAGGGGUUUGUGAGGGAGGACUUGGAAUGCAGUCAUUACAUGAAGAACUUUGAUGUUGGGCAUGUACCAUUGAGGGUUGCCAAAUCCAAGCAACUUCUCGGGACAAUCAAUAACAACUUUGGAACACUUGCGUUUUGCCGUCGUUACUUGGACCGUAUCGGUGAGGCCAAGUAUCUCAUGGCACUGAAAAAUCUAUGUGAUGUUGGCAUUGUGCAGCCGAUCCCUCCAUUGUGCGACGUGAAGGGCAGCUAUGUGUCGCAAUCCGAGCACACCAUCUUGCUCCGACCAACCUGUAAAGAAGUCAUAUCCAGAGGCGCUGACUACUGAUUCGUGCCACAGCCUGCCGUAGCUGUAUUGGUUGGGCAAUCUGUGUUUUCUUUGAUCUAAUGGCACCUGAGAAUCAGACAUAUAAUGCUCA